GCUCAGUCGCUGUAGCCGAGUGACCGUGAGGGUGUUGAGGUGUCUGUGCGAGUAAAGGCAGGAGGAACGUCGCCAUGCCGUUGUCAGGUUUUAUACGGUUUUUCAGACACUCGUUGCAGCGACUGGAGUCCAGUUUGGUACACGCCGCGGGUUUUGACAGGAGUUUGGGUCCAGCUCUGGCGGUGCAUGGUCCCAGCCUGCUUCCUCAACCUCAGCACAUCGGAGAUCACAACUCUAUGCCCAGUUUUCUGGACAGCAUUUUCUGGAUGGCAGCACCAAAGAAAAGACGCACAAUCGAGGUCAAUCGCUGCAGAAGACGGAACCCAAAUAAACUAAUCGAAGUUAAGACAAAUAUUGAGCCUUGUCCAGAGUGCGGGAACCUGAAACAGAAGCAUGCGCUGUGUGGGUUCUGCUACGAGAAGGUCCAGAAGGAGACAGCCCUAAUCCGAAAGCAGAUCCAAAAAAUGGAAGGCCGUCCUCUGAAUGCCCCGUCAGUGGAGACUGUGGUUCUGUAUGAGAAUGAAGCUCCUGGUGAUGCAGACAAGAACAAGAGGAUCGUAGAACGUAGCAGAAAACGUCCCUCCUGGUUUAACCUGUAACGUACUGAAAACUGGUACCGCAGAAAUGUGCAGCUCUUUUUGUAUAAUAAAUGUUAAAAUUAUA